AUGAAUCAAGUGAAAUUCGGAAACUCAUCAUUGGCUGCACAAAUUGGAAUUAAAUUUCAAAGUGAUGCGGAAAUCACUGUUUGGUCGAAGUUGUUAGUUGAUAAUUUGGCUGCAUUUGAUGGGCUUGCAAAACUACCUGAUACAUAUCAAACUAAACUUCCUUGUUCCAAUGAUCCAAAUUAUAACAAUCGGAAAUAUACAAUUCCGUCGGUGGAGGAGGACAAAAAUAAUGUCUGGUUCGUUCGGACUCAUAUCAUCUUGUAUCCUGAGCUAGCCAAUGUAGAUUCGGACACUCCAGAAUUACCCUUAUUAAACAAACGAAUUACAUUGACAGAUAAUAUUUGCUUGAAAGAUGUUCCCAUGCUCAAUGGGACCAGUUUUAUGGAAGGAUGUAUUUGCGAUGAAAAUGCCACUAUUGUUACAAGAUUAUUGAAAGCUGGUGCCAUCAUUGUCGGGAAAGCAAACUGCGAGUACAUGUGCAUCUCAGGCGGCUCCCAUACCAAUAAAUCUGGCUAUGUACAAAAUCCACACGCCUCCGGUUACAUGAGUGGAGGUUCUAGCUCUGGCUCUGCUGUUCUAUUAGGAGAUCCAGCAGCUCAAGUCGAUAUGGCCAUCGGUUGUGAUCAAGUGCCCUAUACAGGAAUUAUGUCAUUAGAAAGUACUGUGGAUUAUGCUGGGCCUUGUACAAAAAAUGUGGUUGAUAACUGUAAAUUAUUGCAAGUUAGUCAAGGAUACGAUGGAUUCGAUCCUCGAUCCAGAUCAUAUGCGAACGAUUAUACAUUGGAAAAGACAAAUUAUCUGAAAGUCAUCAGACUUGGUAUCAAAGGACGCAAGAUCGGUUUGGUUCGCGAAGGUUUUGAACUACCUAAUGCAGAAACGGAUGUCAAUGAGCUAGUUCGGACUACUGCCAAAAGGUUAAUUGAAUAUGGUGCAGCUGUAGUGGAAGAAAUUACUAUUCCAGAACAUAAAUUAGGUCCCAUUUUAUUGACUGGUGUGGCCCGCGAAGGCAGUAUGAUGUCGAUACUUCAUAAUUCUGGUCCAUCAUCUUUGAAUGGAAAAUUUCAUACGUCGCUACUAGAUUAUACAAAGGAAACCAUGGUAGCGGCUUCACAUGAAUGA